CUGAAAAAAUGUCGAGAGAAGAAGAAGAGAAAAUAUAAAGAAUGUGUGACCGGAAAAAAAGAGAUUUUAUUAUUAACCAUUUUUGCAACACCUUUGCAUGAUAAUAUUUCAAAAACCACAAGAAACGAUCGGCGAAGAAAACAAAAAAUCAAAAAAGAUAAAAUCUCUAUAGUCUUUAGUUAUUGGAAGAGAUGCUUCUGCUUCCUUCUUCUCCUUCUUCAUCAUCUCCGCUAAUCGUUUCGUUUCCCGCCAAUCCCAAUCUACUGAUUUCACAAUCACCGUCUUGGCCGUCGCGUAGAGGAAACUCCGCCGUUGUUGUAUCAUCAGCUGCGUCUAGAGAUGUAGAUAGCUUCACCAGCAAAUCCGGUUAUCUGUUUAGUCUCAGCGCCGAUGAGGCUGAUUCUUUGUCGGAGUAUAAUUUUCUCAAGAUAGACGGGAUGUAUAAGAAGAAGCCUCUGAUUCUGCUUCGUAGAUUGGCUCAGAUUGGGACUACGUUUGGUUAUUGGUUUGGGCUUCGCUUAGCCGAUGAGGCUCUUGAACGGUCUGAGCAGAUGUUCAAGGUACGAGCUGCGGAGCUUAGGAAAUUGCUGGUGGAGCUAGGUCCGGCAUACGUCAAAAUCGCUCAAGCUGUUUCAUCUCGUCCUGAUUUGAUACCUCCUAUAUAUUUGGAUGAACUCUCCCUGCUGCAAGAUCAAAUUACUCCGUUUUCAUCCGAAGUUGCGUUCAAUAUGAUUGAGGAUGAACUUGGCCUUCCUAUAGAUGAGCUUUUCUCUGAGAUUUCUCCUGAGCCUGUAGCUGCAGCGUCCCUUGGGCAGGUAUAUCAAGCUAGGCUCCGUAGAAGUGGAAAGGUUGUUGCUGUCAAAGUCCAGCGGCCUGGUGUACGAGCUGCUAUUGCUUUGGACACCCUAAUUCUGCGGUACUUAGCGGGUUUGAUUAAAAAGGCUGGAAGAUUCAACUCAGAUCUCGAGGCAGUUGUUGAUGAAUGGGCAACAAGUCUGUUUAAGGAGAUGGAUUACUUGAAUGAAGCCCAAAACGGAAUAAAAUUUAGGAAGUUGUAUGGGAGCAUCAAAGAUGUCUUGGUUCCAAAGAUGUACACAGAGUACAGUACCAGCAAAGUUCUUGUAAUGGAGUGGGUGGAGGGUCAGAAGCUUAAUGAAGUUAAUGAUCUUUAUUUAGUUGAGGUUGGCGUUUACUGUUCGUUUAAUCAACUUCUGGAGUAUGGAUUUUAUCAUGCCGAUCCCCACCCUGGGAAUUUUCUUCGCACAUAUGAUGGGCAACUUGCAUACUUAGAUUUUGGUAUGAUGGGGGACUUUAGGCCAGAAUUACGUGAUGGAUUCAUGGAAGCAUGUCUUCAUCUCGUAAAUCGUGACUUCAAAGCACUGGCUAAAGACUUUGUAACUCUGGGGCUUCUUCCUCCAACAGCAGAAAAGAGCGCUGUGACUAAGGCUUUAACCGAUGUUUUUCAAGGUGCAAUCUCUAGGGGAGUACGCAAUAUAAGCUUUGGUGACCUGCUUGGCGACUUAGGAAAAACAAUGUACCGAUUCAAAUUCAGAAUACCCCCCUAUUUUUCUCUAGUUAUCCGCAGCCUUGCUGUUUUGGAGGGCAUUGCCAUUGGUAUAAGCCCAAACUACAAGGUUUUAGGCAGUACAUACCCUUGGAUUGCUAAAAAGAUUCUAACUGACAGCUCUCCACAGCUGAAAAGCUCUCUGCAAAAUCUUUUGUAUGAGGAAGGUGUUUUCCGAAUUGACCGUCUUGAGUCUUUGCUUUCUGAGUCUCUUAGGACAGAGACGGCAUUAGUUCAGAAACCAGUGGUGGGCACAGACUCUAAGAUCGCCAUGAAGCAAAUGCUUGCUUUUACUUUCACGGAACAGGGUUCUUUUGUAAGAGAGAUCCUUCUUCGAGAAUUUGCUAAGGGUCUUGAUGCAUUUGGAUUGGCAACUUUAGAGUCCUUCACAUUUUCUGGUUCAAGAGCAUUCACUUCCUUGACAGAAGAAGACAUGACAAACCUUAGAACCUUCUAUCGACUCAUGGCAUUGUUCUCAGGGAUGCAAAAGGCCGGAAGCGUAAGCACGCAAGUAAACGCGACUAGUAAAUAUGGUGAGGCACUCACACCUUUAGAGGAAGCAUCACUCGUCAUGUAUCAGCUUCCAUCAGCACAAGAGAUGCUUCCGAUUCUUUCCAUCUUACCUGAGCUUCCACAGGAGUCGCAACAGAGGUUGCUUCAGUUGCCAGGUGACUUGGUUGGAAGAUUAGUGUCUCGGGCUUUCGCUAGAACCAUUCGUAGGAUAUUUCUUUAAUGUCCGAUUACAAAAAAACGCUUGCAGAUUUGACUACAAUGAUUCUGAGUUACUUAUAAUUUUUUUACAUUAAUUUUAUGAAAAUCAGAGGAAUCGCCGUUUUGAUCCCACACUUGAACGAAAGCAUUAAAUAGAAUAAACUCAGUUUUCUUUGGUUAA